CAUUUAUUACAACAAUUAUGUUGUUGUACAGCCUGAGCACGAUGGUAAAUGCUUGUAAAAUAUAUACAGAAGCUUCGGUAGAAACUGACCGAGAACCCGGUCAUUUUAAAUAUCCCAUCCGGGUGGCAGCACUGUCCUGUACCGAUAAGUAAACAAACAAAUUUCCGUGCCGCAACAAGUGGAUUUGAUUUGAAAGAACCUUAUUUAAGGAACAAUAACGUGUACUAUGUCUCUCUCCCGCCUAAACUCUCUGAUGAAACUGGCACCCAAGUCCACGGCCGCCAGAUCCCUCCAGAUGAAGCCUCAGAGAAACCUCUCGGCCCUCCCAGAAUCGGGACCCACCGGUCAUUUCAAGACCCUGGCUGUCAGUUCGCCCAAGCCGUUUGUAUUCCAUGUGGAGCUCCAUCGGCCUAGCAAGUUCAACGCCAUCAGCAAGCAGAUGUGGCUGGAGAUCAAGGAGUGCUUCGACGGACUGGCCACCAAUCCCGACUGCCGGGCCAUCGUUCUGUCCGCCGCUGGAAAACACUUCACCGCCGGCAUCGACCUCAACGACAUGAUGAACCUGGGCCAAACGCUGUCCGAAACCGAUGACUACGCCCGCAAGGGCGUCAUAAUGGAGCGCGUGAUCAAGGUGUACCAGGACUCGAUCAGCAGCCUGGAGCGCUGUCCCAAGCCGGUCAUCACGGCGGUGCACAAGGCCUGCAUCGGCGCCGGCGUGGACCUGAUUACCGCCGCCGACAUUCGCUACUGCACCGAGGACGCCUUCUUCCAGGUCAAGGAGGUGGACAUCGGUAUGGCCGCCGACGUGGGCACCCUGCAGCGUCUGCCCAAGGCAGUGGGCAGUCAGUCCCUCGCCCGAGAACUGUGCUACACUGGGCGCAAGUUCGAGGCUGUCGAGGCCCACUCCUCUGGCCUGGUGAGUCGCCUCUUCCCAGACAAGGAGUCCCUGCUGACCGGAGCCCUGGCCGUGGCCGAGCUCAUCGCCAGCAAGAGUCCCGUCGCCGUAAAGACAACUAAGGAGAGCCUCGUCUACUCCCUGGAGCACACCAAUCAAGAGGGAUUGGAUCACAUUCUUCUGCUGAACAAGCUCAACCUGCUGUCGGAGGACUUCGCCCAGGCUGUCGCCGCCCAAUUGACGAAGGACGAUAAGCCCGUGUUCGCCAAGCUGUGAUCUGCAAUCCGCACAAAAGGAAGAGUCGAACGGCGGAGGAUCGAAUUUAAAAUGUAUUUGCCAUGUGUGCAUUUAUAAAUACACCAUUUGCCUUUACUUUA